AGAUUGUGAGCUUGGAUAUUGUAGGUUUCUAGUGGUAGUCAUUGGCAUGGUGCAGCACAUGGGGUCCUCUUUGUAAUCUUUUGAUGCUAUUGGAACUAUAGUAACCACUUUAUUGUAAGGACUUGACAUCAAAACAAAUAUGAGGGGAAGAACUGAUGGAGUCCAAAAGAAGCGAUUGAUCACUGCCUUGUGUUGUGUCACAGUGUUUCUUGUUUUUAUAUUUGUUUAUUAUGGAUCUUUUUUUGGUUCCCGAAUGCAUCAUGGUGCAUCAGCUAUAGAAUAUGGAAGUAAAUCCUUAAGAAAAUUGGGUUCAUCAUAUUUGGGUGGUGACGAAGAUGCUGAUCUUGGAAACAAGCAAGAGGAAUCUUCCUCCAAGUUUGGGCUGGAAGACAAGGAGGAUGACGUAGUGGCAAAGAGCUUCCCUGUUUGUGAUGAUCGACAUUCAGAGUUAAUUCCCUGCCUAGACAGGCAUCUGAUAUACCAGAUGAGAUUGAAGCUGGAUUUGACUUUGAUGGAGCACUACGAAAGACAUUGCCCUCCAGCUGAAAGGCGCUUCAAUUGCUUGAUUCCUCCACCGAUAGGCUACAAGAUCCCAAUCAAGUGGCCAAGAAGCAGGGAUGAAGUAUGGAAAGCAAACAUUCCUCAUACUCAUCUUGCACAUGAAAAGUCUGACCAGAACUGGAUGGUUGUCAAAGGUGAAAAGAUUGUCUUUCCUGGAGGUGGCACACAUUUUCAUUAUGGAGCUGACAAAUAUAUUGCUUCCAUUGCAAAUAUGCUCAACUUUUCAAACAAUGUUUUGAACAAUGAGGGAAGGAUCCGCACAGUGCUUGAUGUGGGAUGUGGAGUUGCAAGUUUUGGAGCCUAUCUUCUUUCAUCUGAUAUCAUAGCAAUGUCUUUAGCACCCAAUGAUGUGCACCAAAAUCAGAUCCAAUUUGCUCUGGAGAGAGGAAUUCCUGCAUAUCUCGGUGUCUUAGGGACAAAGAGGCUUCCUUACCCAAGCAGAUCCUUUGAACUGGCUCACUGUUCUCGGUGUAGAAUUGACUGGCUUCAAAGGGAUGGGAUCCUUCUGCUUGAGCUGGAUAGGUUGCUUAGACCAGGAGGCUAUUUUGCCUACUCAUCUCCAGAAGCGUAUGCACAGGAUGAGGAAGAUCUAAGAAUAUGGAGAGAGAUGAGUGCCCUUGUUGAACGAAUGUGUUGGAAAAUUGCGGCCAAGAAAAACCAAACUGUCAUUUGGGUUAAACCACUGACAAAUGACUGUUACAUGGAGAGAGAGCCUGGUUCCCAACCUCCUCUGUGUAGAUCCGACGAUGAUCCAGAUGCUAUGUGGGGUGUGUCUAUGGAAGCUUGCAUAACACCUUACUCUGACCAAAACCAAAGAGACAGGGGUAGUGGAUUGGCUCCUUGGCCAGCUCGAUUAACUUCUCCUCCUCCACGCCUUGCUGAUUUUGGCUAUUCUACUGAAAUGUUUGAAAAGGACACGGGAGUUUGGAGACGCAGGGUUGACAGUUACUGGAACCUUUUGAGUCCAAAAAUUAAGCCCGACACUCUGCGGAAUCUAAUGGACAUGAAGGCAAACUUUGGAUCUUUUGCGGCUGCUCUGAAAGACAAAAAUGUUUGGGUGAUGAAUGUUGUGCCAGAAGAUGGACCAAACACACUCAAGCUAAUAUAUGACCGUGGCUUGAUUGGCACUGUACACAACUGGUGUGAAGCCUUCUCAACCUAUCCUCGGACUUAUGAUCUUCUCCACGCUUGGACUGUUUUCUCAGACAUCGAGAAGAAAGAAUGUAGUGCCUUGGAUCUGCUUAUAGAGAUGGACCGUAUUCUAAGACCUUCGGGUUUCAUUAUUGUGCGGGAUAAGCGACCGGUGGUGGAAUUCAUUAAAAAGUAUUUACCUGCCUUGCACUGGGAAGUGCUAGCAACAGCUGAUCCCGAAUCUGAUUCAGAGCCGGAUGGAGAUGAGAUGGUGUUUAUUAUUCAGAAGAAAAUGUGGCUGACAAGCGAGAGCCUCAGAGAUACCGAGUAAUUAUUUUGUUAUUUUUGCCUUGCCACCUUCUACUUAUAACCUCAACUAUGCCAGGUCCAACCAAGCAGCAUGGCCCAAGUAGUGUUGAUGGAAUUUAAAAAAAAAAAAAUCCUUCACCUUGUGUAAUAUUUAGUGAUGAAUUUUUUUGUCCUUAUUUAAUUUUAGGCGGUGAACUGCUACUGGGCAUUAUUUUUUCAGUUUAGUUUGGGUAUUGUAAGAUUAAUUCUUUUUGCAGAUAAAUGCAACUCCAGCUGAUUCCAGUAUUUAUAGAAA